GAAGGCAAUCCUCUUAUUUAUUUGUAAGCCCCCCACACACGAAGUAGUAACGGCCAGCUCAGUCAGUCUCUGCCUCCUGUCUUUAGUUAUUUACGAGUUGAGUAGACUUUGUCCCAUUCAGUAAACGACAGGCUGAGUAUAGAGCAAGAUGGCAGAAGUUCCAAGCCAAGUGAUACCGUCGUGGAUGAUCAAAGAAUAUUUUGUUGAUGCAGUAGCUCAAAAGCUUCAAAUUGAUGAAAAUGAUGUACAAAUCAGUGGAUUUCAUGUCGAACCUGCCACCGAGUCCGGAGAUAAUUACGCUUCGAAACUAUACCGGGUGGCAAUUGAAACCAGUUCUGCCGAUGGAUCAACGAAAAAAUUUAAACUCAUUGUAAAAGCCUUGGCUGAUCUAGGCUUGGCAGAGGAAAUGCUUCAGGUGAUGAACAUCUUCCCAAAAGAAUCCGCAAUGUAUUCGGAUCUAUUACCAAAAUUCGAAGCAAUGUACCGCGAGAAAGGCGUUGACAUAAAUUUCGGUCCAAAAUGCUUGAAACACAGCACCAAACCAACGGACAUUAUAGUGAUGGAGGAUCUCUGUGAUAGCGGAUUUAAAAUGGCUAAUCGAAGACAGGGGCUCGACCGUCCCCACGUGGAUUUAUUUUUGAAAAAGUUGGCAAAGCUGCAUGCGGCUUCGGCCGUUUACCACGAGAAGAACGGUGAUUACAGUGCUCAGUUUCAGAAGGGCAUGUACGCCGAAGAAUCUAUGGUAUUGUUUGAAGCGCAAAUGCAGUCCUACAUGGAAUCAGUGAUACAGAUUAUUCGAAAGCAUUGGCCGAAUGGAGAUUUUUACGCCGAAAUCAUGAAUGAUUUUGGGUUCAAUAUGUUCUUUGAAAUGAUAAAUGUCGUGAAAGCCGAUCCGAAUGGCUUCAAUGUGCUGAAUCAUGGAGAUGCUUGGUGCAACAACUUCUUGUUUAGAUAUGGCGCGGACAACACUGUUGAAGAAAUUACUAUGGUCGACUUCCAAUUGUCCGUAUGGUCAUCACCGGCAAUCGAUUUGCAUUACUUUAUCUUUACGUCCAUCAAUCCAACGGUUCGAAUGCCGCAGUUAAACAGCAUCAUUAGUUUCUAUCAUCGUAAUUUGGUCGACAACCUCCAGCUGCUGGGUUACUCGAAGAGCAUCCCGACUCUCAAAGAUCUCCAUCUGGACUACAUUGACAAGAUACUAUAUGGCUUUUCGUCCGCAUUCUCGGUUCUACCCAUCUGUCUGAUGGAUAAGACCGAAAAUGCAUCCAUCGAUACGAUGAUGUCGGAAGGUGAAGCAGGUCACACCUUCCGGGAAAAAAUGUACGGCAACCCAGCAUAUGUGAAUCAGUUGGAAGAACUGUUGCCAUACUUCUACGAUAAUGGAGCAUUCGAUUGUCGGCAUAGUGGAUAUCAAAAGCCAAGUGGAGUCUUCAGUGAUUAUCUUUUGCUUCCGGGAUGGAUGCGUAAAGAGUUCUUUGGAGAAGUUGUGGAGCGUAAGCUAGGUCUGGAACGGGGUCAGUUUUCGAUAAGUAAAGUUUGGGUGGAAAUGGCCACGAAAAAGGGUGAUAACUACGCUUCGACCAUGUACCGCGCAAAAUUGGACGUAUUGAAUCAUUUGACAUCGUCUUUGAAUCAGUUCUCUGUUAUAGUUAAGUGUCGGCCAACGGGAAAAGUAGCUGAAUUCAGCAGCAAACUGGAUCCAUUCUCCAAAGAAAUUGAAAUGUUCAUGAAGAUCAUUCCUGCCUUUGAAAAAUUGUACGAAGAUAAAGGGUUGAAACUGAAAAUAGGCCCACAAUGCUUGAAAAUUUGUAAAGGAUUUCCGAGUGAUAUCAUUGUGAUGGAUGAUUUGUGUAGUCAAAACUAUAAACUUGGCAACAGACAGGAUGGUGUAGACAAGCAGCAUGUUGAAUCUGUUCUGGGAAAACUCGCUGAAUUUCAUGCUGCUUCUGCAGUUUAUCACGAACGAAAUGGAAACUACUCAAAUGAUUUCAAAGAAGGUUUAUUCAAUAGAAGUAAUCUUCCUAUGAUGGAACACAUGUUUAGACCAGCUCACGAAGUCGCAUUAGAGCAAUUGAAAUCACAUUCAUUUGCAAAAGACUACAUAGACGAAAUGGAACAACUAAGCCCUGUCGUUUUCAGUAGAGUUCUUGAAAAUUUCGUGGUUGAUCCUGAAGCAUUUAAUGUGCUUAACCAUGGAGACUUCUGGACAAACAAUGCAAUGUUUCAGUAUGACGAAGAGGAGCACUUACAAAAUUCCACGCUUCUUGACUUCCAAGUGUGUUUCUAUGGAUCCCCUGUCUUCGAUUUGAAUUACUUUUUAUACACUUCUGUUCAGCUGGAUAUUCGGCUUAACCAGUUGAACUACUUUAUUCGCUACUAUCAUGAAAAGCUAGUGGACAAUCUUACGCUUCUAGGUUACGGCAAAGCUCUGCCCACUUUGAAAAAACUGCAGUACGAUUUUUACGAUCGCAUGGUCUACGGAUCGUAUAACGUCCUCGGAGUUAUGGCAAUAAUGUGUUUCGAUCCGUCCGAUAACACCAGUUUGGAUUUGGUCAUGCAGAACAGCGAAGCUGGAAGAGAACUUCUGAACCGUAUCUACACUAAUGAACGCUAUAUCAAGGCAUUAGAGAUUUUGAUACCUCACUUUGGCGAGCGUGGAGCAUUUAAAAAAGAAGCGGAAGUGUGUAGCUUUGUCAAAAAAAAUAAAUGCGUUGAGUAGUUGAACAGAUCAA